AAAGCCUACAACUACAACAGUCAAACCAACAACUACAACAGUAAAGCCAACAACUACAACAGUAAAGCCAACAACUACAACAGAAAAGCCAACAACUACAACAGUAAAGCCAACAACUACAACAGUAAAGCCAACAACUACAACAGUAAAAGCAACAACUACAACAGUAAAGCCAACAACUACAACAGUAAAAACAACAACUACAACAGUAAAGCCAACAACUACAACAGUAAAGCCAACAACUACAACAGUAAAGCCAACAACUACAACAGUAAAGCCAACAACUACAACAGUAAAGCCAACAACAACAACAAUUAAGCCAUCAAAUUCAACUACAACAAUAAAGCCAACAACUACAACAAUUAAGCCAUCAAAUUCAACUACAACAAUAAAGCCAA